GGCACAGACAGCAGUGUACCCGCAGACACCAUCGAGGGAGGGUGCAGUUCACGACAUUCCAAUUAUUUACCUUUAAGCAUGAAGUCUUUCAUAGAUGUAUCCCCCGACAGCGAUUUCCCCAUCGAGAACUUGCCGUACGGGAUAUUCUCGACGUGUGACAACCCAAGUCACCACAUUGGUGUUGCCAUUGGUAACUUGAUUUUAGACCUGUCGGUGAUUUCUCACUUGUUCAAUGGACCUGUCCUCAAAGCCCACCAACAAGUGUUCCAGCAGGCCACCCUCAAUGACUUCAUGAGCCUGGGCAUUCCAGCCUGGAGGGAAGCCAGGUCAACGCUGCAGACUAUACUAAGUGAUGAUGAUCCAACUCUGCGUGAUGACCCAUCUCUUAGAGCCAGAGCUUUUGUGCCUCAAAGUGCAGCCAAAAUGCACCUUCCAGCAGAAAUUGGUGAUUACACAGACUUCUAUUCUUCAAUUGACCAUGCAACCAAUGUGGGCACAAUGUUCCGUGGGAAGGAGAAUGCUCUUAUGCCAAACUGGAAAUACAUGCCAGUUGGUUAUCAUGGUAGAGCCUCCAGUGUAGUCGUAUCUGGCACACCAAUACGCCGGCCAAAUGGCCAAACUCGUCCAAAAGACGAUGAGCCCCCUGUGUUUGGACCCUGUCGACUGAUGGACUUUGAGCUUGAGAUGGCCUUCCUUGUUGGGCCAGGGAACAAGAUGGGAGACCCCAUUAGUGUGAGGGAUGCUCAUGAACAUAUAUUUGGCAUGGUUCUCAUGAACGAUUGGAGUGCCAGAGACAUCCAGAAGUGGGAGUAUGUUCCUCUUGGCCCAUUCCUGGCAAAGAACUUGGGUACAACAAUAUCUCCAUGGGUAGUAACCAUGGAGGCUCUGGCUCCGUUUGUAGUAGACAACUAUGUCCAGGACCCUCAACCCUUCCCUUAUCUUCAGCAUGAAGAUAAAUAUACUUAUGAUAUCAAGCUAGAAGUGGGGAUUCGCCCUGAUGGUAGUGAUCACUUGGGAAUUGUUUCUCGUAGCAAUUUCCGCCACAUGUACUGGACAAUGAAGCAGCAACUCGCUCACCACACCAUUACUGGCUGUAACAUUCGUACAGGGGAUCUUCUAGCAUCUGGUACUAUUUCUGGACCAAGUGAAGAGUCGUUUGGGUCAAUGCUGGAAUUGUCAUGGCGUGGGAGUAAAACUGUGGAUAUUGGAAAUGGAGCGAGCAGGAAGUUCCUGCAGGAUGGAGAUGAAGUGGUCAUAACUGGCUACUGCCAAGGUAAAGGUCACAGGGUUGGCUUUGGCCCAUGUGUUGGGAAGCUGCUUCCUGCAAAGUCUCUUCAGUAAAGUGACAGAUCAGGAUUUCUGUUUCUUGAUGUAGGUUCCUGGGAUAAUGUUAACAAUUGAGUAUCUACUUGUUAUAAAUCAUAGAACUUACCAUUCCGAAAAGUUCUUAAUUAUUGCGCGCGCGCACACACCCAAUUAUAUAUAUAUAUAUAUAUAUAUUUAUAAUAUGUCGUACCUAGUAGCCAGAAUGCACUUCUCGGCCUACUAUGC